UGUGUGUGUCUAAAAUAAUUAAAGUAAAUUAUCUACUUAGUUAUUAAUUAAAUUAAUUAAUAUCUAUUAUUUUGUUAAACGUGUUACAAUUUACAUUUUUUUUUUACAAUAUUGUUUACUUUUUUCGUUGAAUUUUGUCUGGUUUUAUUGCUGACUUUUUUUUCUCUGUAACAAUAAAUAGAUACCAUUACUAAUGGAUGACGACACAAUUGCAUUUGGGGAAGAAGAGAAUUUUUCCCCUGACAAAUUAAAACAUCCACAUGUUACAAUAUUUCAUUUGGCAUUUAAAACAGCAGCAUUAUUAAUUUAUUUAUUGGCAAAUGUAUUGUCAAUGAGUUUUAUAUCAAGUUUUGUUAUAAUUGUUCUUUUAUUGUCAUUGGAUUUUUGGACUGUUAAAAAUAUUACUGGAAGAAUGAUGGUUGGAUUGAGAUGGUGGAAUUAUGUUGAUGACAAUGGAGUCAGUCACUGGGUUUAUGAAUCACGCAAGGGUGCUCAGUUGAACAAGGUACAUCCAUCUGAAUCAAGAAUAUUUUGGCUUGCUCUUAUACUCUCUCCAACACUUUGGUGUUUUUUCUUUUUCUUUUCGUUAUUGGGUUUUAAUGCCAAGUGGCUUGUUCUAUUGGCAAUUGCAAUUGUACUGAGUGGAUCAAAUUUGUAUGGAUAUCUUAAAUGUAAAAUGGGCAAAGAACAAAAUUUAUCAACAGCAACUAGUGAUUUUUUGAAAAAACAAGUUAUGCAAAAUGUAAUGUCUUCAAUGAUGAAUAAAAAUCCAGCACCAACAAAUCCAAACACUGGAACAAAUGUUAUUUAAAUAGUCCUUUUUUCUUUUUUUUUUUUCAAUCAUCUGUGUAUUUUAAGCCAUAAUUAAUAACAUUUUAUUUUGUUUAUAAAUAACAUUUUUUUUGUUGUAUGAAUUUGAGUUGAUCUGAAAAAUUGUUGUGUACUUAUAAAUUUAAAUAAAAUGUGUAAAUUUAAAUGAUAAAUCGUGAUAUUAUCAAUGAUAAAUAAAUAAAAACAAAA